AUGUCAUCUAAAUAUCAUCAGAUAAAAAGCCAUAGUGAAACCAUCUACGUCAGAUUGUUGUUACAGGGAUCUGUGUCUUUUGAGGACGUGGCUGUGGAUUUUACCCGACAGGAGUGGCACAGACUGGACUCUGCUCAGAGGACCAUGCACAAGGAUGUGAUGCUGGAGAACUACAGCAACUUGGCAUCUGUGGGCCUCUGCGUGGCCAAACCAGAGAUGAUCUUCAAGUUGGAGCGAGGAGAAGAGCUGUGGGUAUUAGAGGAGGAAUCCUCAGGCCAUGGUUACCCAGGAUCUCUGUCACUGCUGUGUGGCAACAAUUCUGUUGGGGGUAAUGCCCUCAGGCAUGAUAAUGACCUUCUUCAGCAUCAGAAGGUUCAAACUUCAGAUCAAACUCUUGAAUAUAAUGUAUAUGGGAAAGUUUUCUACAAGAAGACGGGCUUUGAUGGACAUAAAAGAACACAUACAGGAGAUAAAACCUUUGAGUGUCAUGAAUGUGGGAAAACUUACUGUAGGAAAUCAAACCUUAUUGAACAUCUGAGAAUACACACAGGAGAGAGACCCUAUAAAUGUAAAGACUGUGAAAAAACCUUUAGUGCAAGAUCAUAUCUCAUUGCUCAUCAUAAAACUCACACAGGGGAGAAGCCCUUUGAGUGUAGUCAAUGUGGGAAAUCUUUUGGUAGGAAGUCGCAACUCAUUCUACAUCAGAGAACACACACAGGAGAGAGACCAUAUGAAUGUACUGAAUGUCGGAAAACCUUUUCUGAGAAGGCAACCCUCACGAUUCAUCAGAGGACUCACACAGGGGAGAAGCCCUAUGAAUGUAGUGAAUGUGGGAGAAAAUUUCGUGUUAAAAUAUCCCUUACCCAACACCAGAGAACUCACACUGGCGAGAAACCCUAUGAAUGUGGUGACUGUGGGAAAAACUUCCGUGCAAAGAAAUCCCUAAAUCAACACCAGAGAACUCACACAGGCGAGAAACCUUAUAAAUGUGAGGAAUGUGGGAAAUUCUUUAGAAUGAAGACAACUCUCAAUAAUCAUCAGAGAACUCACACAGGCGAAAAACCCUAUCAGUGUAAUGAAUGUGGAAAAUCAUUCAGGGUGCACUCAUCUCUUGGAAUACAUCAGCGAAUUCACACAGGAGAGAAACCUUAUGAAUGUAAUAAAUGUGGUAAUGCCUUCUAUGUUAAAGCACGCCUCAUUGAACAUCAGAGAAUGCAUUCAGGAGAGAAACCUUAUGAAUGUACUGAAUGUGGAAAAAUCUUCAGUAUGAAGAAAUCCCUUUGUCAGCAUCAGAAAACUCACACAGGAGAGAAGCCUUAUGAAUGCAGUGAAUGUGGAAAUGCCUUUUAUUUGAAAGUACGUCUCAUUGAACAUCAGCGAAUUCACACAGGAGAGAGACCCUUUGAAUGUCAAGUAUGUGGGAAAGCCUUUUGCCGCAAAGCUCACCUCACAGAACAUAGGAGAACUCACAUAGGUCGGCACUUGCCUUAUGCUGUGGAGAAAGUUUCUCUGUGA